AUGGACCGCCCGGAACGCCGAGCCGAUACGAUUACUCCCAACUGUGUACAAACGUACACACACGAACGGAAGCGCACUUCGUACGGUGCCAUCGGCUCUCUGUCACUCUUGCCAGUCAUGACGCGUGCCUGCGGAUGCGGUCUGCAUGGGGCCUGGUUACUGAGGUUCGUUACUGCGGCAGAUGUGAUCCCGAGACGGCACGCGCGAACUCAUCGCCUCGCAUUGUCCGACUCAGCAGGGCACGUCAUAGUCGUGUCUCGACCAUCGGCCCCCGGUCCUCCGCUUUCUUUGUCAACAACACGAGGCACCCGACCGGCAGAUGUAUGGGCCAUGGAACCACCGGGCCUCGGACAGCUGAUGGAUGACCGGUCGCGUCGCCGCGCUGGAUCAACAGGAAGAAAAAUAGAACACAUCAGACAAGACCCUCGCUAG